AUUGUGUGUGGUACUGUUCUUGCGGGUGAGCUGUCGCUGAUGGCGGCGUUGGCGGCGGGGCAUUUGGUGACCAGUCAUUUGGUGCACAACCGAUCGAGUCUCAACUUAGCCACCGGACAACAGGUCAAGGACAUGGAAGAGCAGUACAAACGCGUGCACAAGUCAUACUCCACCACAGUGCUCGACCAAGCAGCCUCACCCUCUCCGUGA